CUAGGAUAGAUCUAGUGAUAGGGGCAAACUCCUCGUAUUGGAUAAACCCGCUUCUCGGUUAUCAAUCAGGAAUCGGGAAAGCUGAGUCAGAAGUCCGCAUUCAAUGGAUUGCCAAUAUUUAUUCAUGCCAAAGGAGGUUCCAUGCCUUGUUUUUGUUUUGAUUCUUCUUUUCACGAAGCCUGCGACUUAGAAAACACGAUUUUCGAAAUCUCACAGCAAGUCCUCCCUGGCACUCAAGUCGCUCGAAAAUGGCCACGUAUCAGAAAGACGCCGCGCUUCACGAGCUCACAACCAGCAUUGUUACUUGUCAACCAGUCACCUCCCUUCCUGAAUCUCACCGAUCAAUUUUGAAGGGAGCCGAGGAAGACAGCUUUGUGAUCACUACUACCGACACUAUCUUUCAUCCGCAAGGUGGCGGCCAACCCAGCGAUGUGGGAUUUAUGCACGUUGAUGCAGCAGAGGCAUCUAUCUUCGAAGUCACCGGGGCACGGAAGCUGCCAGACAAUCAGAUCUAUCAUGUAGGAAAGUUGUUGGCAGCCGUCCCUCUCAACCCUGGACAGCCGAUAAUUCAGAAGAUCGACAGUCAGAAACGCAACUAUCACUCUCGAUACCACACGGCGGGUCAUAUCAUUAGCAUAGCAGUGAAGCAGCUACAUGAAACCAUCGGACCAGUUUCCGAGUUGAAGGCAAACCAUGCCCCGGGCAUGGCAUUUGUGGAGUUUCGGGGCCUCAUUGGGGGCGAGCACAAGGCUGCUAUUCAGGGGAGAAGUAAUGAGCUGGUUCGAAGGAAUCUCCCGGUGAAUGUUUAUUGGUUGGACGAAGCAAAGGCCAAAGAAUCAGGUGUUGCAUUUGCAGAGGGGUUUGUGAUGCCUGAUGAUGGUGUGCUUCGUGUUGUGGAUGUGGAAGGCAUAGGCGCUUAUCCGUGUGGUGGGACACAUCUGCCCAUGACGUUGGAUAUUGGGGAGAUUGUGGUUCGGAAGAUUACGAGGAAGCAGGGUAUCAGCAAGAUAUCUUACGAUAUUAAUUAGGGCAAAGAGGGGAUCAUCUAUCGAGUUAUUUCUUAAAGUUGGAUGUGCAUUAUAAAAGGGCGAUUGAUUGUUGAGUGUUGGUGGUAUGAAGACGGAGUUGACCCCUUGAGCAGGUUCCUGUCGACAAAAGAGGAACUGUUGUGUUGAAAAUAAAAGUGUUGAUGUUUUGUGAUAAUGAUUACUCGCUGAUGCGGAGGU